AUGUCUGGACGUGGUAAAGGAGGAAAAGGACUUGGAAAAGGAGGCGCUAAGCGUCAUCGUAAGGUGUUGCGUGAUAACAUCCAAGGUAUCACCAAACCGGCUAUCCGUCGUCUUGCUCGUCGUGGUGGUGUCAAGCGUAUAUCUGGUCUUAUCUACGAAGAGACCCGUGGUGUAUUGAAAGUAUUCCUUGAGAAUGUCAUCCGUGAUGCUGUCACAUACACUGAGCAUGCCAAGAGAAAGACCGUCACCGCCAUGGAUGUCGUCUACGCCUUGAAGAGACAAGGCCGAACCCUGUACGGAUUCGCCAUUUUUGAAACGAACGCGCCAUACUUUACGGACGUGAUCUUAGGCAUUCGCUCAACCAAUCAUGUUGGUUGUUCUAAGAACAUCUCACUAUAUAAGCACAUUGCAUUUUCGAUAUUGGACAUCAAUUUCAAAUUGAAAAUAACGAUGGCUCGUACUAAGCAAACUGCCCGUAAAUCUACCGGAGGAAAAGCUCCCCGAAAACAACUUGCCACCAAGGCAGCACGAAAAAGUGCACCAGCCACCGGUGGUGUCAAGAAACCUCAUCGCUACAGGCCUGGAACUGUCGCUCUUCGUGAGAUCCGUCGAUACCAAAAGAGUACUGAGCUUCUCAUCCGCAAGCUCCCAUUCCAACGUCUAGUUCGUGAAAUCGCCCAAGACUUUAAAACCGAUCUCCGAUUCCAGAGUUCUGCUGCCAUGGCUCUUCAAGAAGCUAGCGAAGCUUACUUAGUCGGUCUUUUCGAAGAUACCAACUUGUGCGCUAUCCACGCCAAACGUGUAACCAUUAUGCCAAAGGACAUCCAACUGGCCCGCCGUAUCCGUGGUGAACGUGCAUAAACUGUCAUCAGUGUUAUU